AUGUUGGCUUAUUUAACUGACAUAAUAUUUGGUGCCUUGGAUGAGCUAAACUUGAAACUUCAGGGCAGAAACGGCACUAUAAUAAGCAAUGAUGAUUAUAUUCAGGGGUUCAUAGCAAAGCUUCAACUUUGGAAUAAAAAAUUGUCUUCUGAAAUUGUUAUAUCUUUUUCUCGGCUAUUCAAAGCAAUCAAAAAUAACGAACUGGACGCAAAUUUGAAAGCUGACAUAAAAACUCAUUUACAAGCGCUGGAAUACGAAUUUCGCCGAUACUAUCGAGACAUCGAUUCAGAGUCACCAAUAUGGCACAUGACAAUAAAUCCAUUUUUUGUCGAUGUGUUACAAUUACCAGAAGAAGUUCAGGAAGAAUUUCUAGAAAUGAAAGCUGAUUCGUCCAUGAAAGAUGACUUCCAUCUUUUGACAUUGGAGAAAUUUUGGAUCAAAAGAUUGCCUGUUAAUUCGAAACUUGCCUCUCUUGCUUUACGAGUAUUAAUUCCUUUUUCUUCAACUUACUUGUGUGAGACAGGCUUUUCUGCUCUAGUUUCAAUUAAAACUUAA